CAUUACAAGUGGUGAGAAGCUCAGCUUCGCGUCUAUGUCAAAUGUUGUCUUGAUUGUUUUAACAUUUGUUUAGAACGACAUGGUUCUAUUGAAUGAUUUGUUCGAAGACUUCCAGGGAGCACCUCUUUCUUGGUCGCCACCUCCGUUAAAUAUGGGAAGAGAAAACAAGCAGCCUGUACUUUUGCAGCCUCCGUUUGCCAGUGAUGGAGAUGAGGAUGAUUCACCAAUGACUUACGGCAUCCGCUCUGUCGGUAGCACAGCAAACAGGCACAGAAACACAAUGAGCAGCUCUAGGAGGUUGGGUAGUGUUGUUUCAUCUCCAGGUAGGGGAAUUGGGGCAGCCGGUCAUCAUUGGACAUCAGGAAAUGACCGCUCUAAUAACCAUCUCCAUCAUACUGUGAGUCAGAGCCAAAGCGACACAGUUAGAAUACAGAAUAUGAGCUUGACGGCUUACAAUGCCCCCAGUGACACAGCACAUGCAGCUCUAAGCCUAAACAGCAGUCGUCGACCAAGUCUUAAUUAUAUUAGCCACAAGCCACGGGAAUCAGAUGGCAUAGUAGAAUUUAACACACGGCCUGCUCUUUCAAGGUCAAUCAAAAACGAAACUGAAAUGAAUGGUUCUCGGAAUAGGAGAAGGCCAUCCAGAAGUGUAGUUAAUAGAGGCGGAACUGAUUGCGAUCCCGACCCAGAGUUCAGCGACGACGAGAGCUUGGAAUUGAUGAGCUGCUCGGCCUACCCUUUGGAAAAUUCGGGAUACAAUCUGAGAUUGGUAAAAGACGGCGGAAACAAAAAGGAACCUCACACGAACCAUCACCCUCCCCAGGACUCAGAAAGCUGCGACGAGUGUGAGAGUGAAUCGAUGCACUAUUCACUGCAGAGGCGGAUGCGCAUGCUAGAUAAUCGGCUGGGCAGACUGGAGACAAAAGUGAUGUCAGAACUGAAGCUGAUCACCGUUCUCCUAACUCAGUCAGCCACCAGUGACCAACACAUUGGAACUCGUCUGCCGCACAACAGGCUAGAAUCUCCGAUGUCUCCUAUUGCCGCUCCACAAACCACAGACUUCUUGCGCAUCAGACCUAGUGCAGCUGGACUGCUCACAUCUGGCAACUCAGACAGUCGGGACAACUUAGCAACCGACGGCUUCUUGAAUGGUCCGAGUAACGUUGAUGUGAGAAAGGAGCUGAGGAACACGCCCAUCAAUUCGCCUACUUCACUGUUUCCCCAUUUGGAGCAUGAUUCUACUUUAGACGAAAAUGGUGGCAUGGAGGGUGACUCUGAAUUGAGGUGCAGCUACGUACCUACCGCCAGCACAGUCUCUUCUUCUGUCAUCGAUAUUUCGUUGCAAAUUCGAGAAGCAGAUGCAAUUGGAAAUUGCACAAGAGUUGAUUCAGACGAAGAGACAGUCGUAAAAGCAGAUCAACAUGACAUCAUCUGUGAUAGCGGUUUCCACCAACCUGGCGCACAAUUAAAUUCCGAGCAAAUUCCACUUACAUUUGUUUCUAAACCGAGGCCAGCUUUGUUAAACACUUCUAUCUGACCUUUUUCCUUUAAACUUAAUUUCCAAAUCAAGAAUUUUCUACAUUCCUAAUUAAGUGUUUGAUAUAUUAGAAUGAUAAGUCAAGCACAUAUAAUUUGUAUUAAUU